UGAGUGAAUGUAUAGUGAUGACAAUAACGAGCAGUAUGUAGUUAUCCCGUAUCAGUUUGCACAGCCCAGCAGUGUGCAUAAUGCUGUCGUUCGUGCUGUCCCGGAGUUUCUGCCAGGUUGUUACGGAGGCGAACCGGAGGUGUUACCCGGCCUUUGGCUCGAUAUUUCGGACUUUUUCAACAUGGAGUCCGAAAUGCGACGAAGCAUCACAAGAUGGUUCAGUGGUGACCUACUCAGAGCUGAAGACCAUGCUGGCAAGCCAUAACAUUCAGCUCUUUGAUGUGAGAAAUCCUGAUGAGUACCAGGCUGGACACAUUCCCCAGGCCGUCAAUGUCCCACUGGACAACUUGGAGGGGUCUCUGCAGCUGUCCCCUGAGCUCUUUGAGCAAAGGUUUGAAGUGAAGGCUCCCACGAAAGCUGACGACAACAUUGUGUUUCACUGCAAAAGUGGCAGCAGGAGCAUCAGAGCACUAGGCAUCGCUCAUCAGCUGGGAUUUAGCAAGGCGAGACAUUUUAAAGGAGGCUACUCCGAGUGGGUCGAGCAAGAAGGAAAAUUAAUCAAGUGAAGUCUGCACUGAAGUUCUUCAUAGCCACCCGGCUGCUACAUAUCUGAACAAUUUAUAUGAUAGAUUUUCAUCAUAUUCUAUUAACAAGUACUGUUUCUUUUAAGUAACAAUUUAAAUGCACUGUCUGUGAUAUAUCUCUUAUUUUGUUCAAGAGUACUGUCAAAGGAAGUUUUUAACACAGUUUUGCUGUAACUUUAUGUGAAAAUAUUACAAGUGUCCUUUUUAUCCUGCUUUAAGAUAUGACAUGGAUUACCAGCUGAUGAAUGUGAAGGUUCUUUAAAUAAACCCUAUAAAAAA